AUGGACCUUCACCACCAAUCGCACUUUUCCUCCUUUAGCCGCUUCUCCGACAUGCUCAAGGACACGACAGGCCGACGCAGUAAGAGCGUGUCCCAACAACCCACACGCAACUCGUCGAGCAGCAACCUCGCCCAGGAAGCAGAAGCCUACGCUUUGCGAUUAAGAGAGGCAGAAAUGGGCAAAGACGGGCACAAGGACAGCCGGCGGAGCAGUAUAGGCAAUUAUGCGGACCGAGUACGGCAAAUGUUCACACCCUCGCACUCAACCUCGCCGCAGAAAAAGGGCGUCAACGACCUCCCGACCGAAGUGCUUCAACACGUCUUCAACCACCUCGAGUUUUGGGAGCUAGUCCGGUGCCAACGCGUGUGCAAGACCUGGCACGACCUCGUGCCCGGCGACUCACCGCUCCUUUCAGAAACACUCUACCUAAAGCCGUCGCGCAGCCUGCAAAUCUACAACCUCGUCCCCACGACAUUUGACUUUGAAUUCGAUAUUUCGCCGCAAAGCAUUGAGUCUGGGCCACAGCCCUCGGGCACCCGCUUCUCCUCGGGUGUGCGCAAUGAAAUCUCAAUGAUGAGACGCUGUCUCGGCCUCAUACGGACGAGUCAGGAGAUUGUGUUUCAUCCCGUGAUUAUGGAUUUCAAUACUUGGAUCGCGGAUGGCGCAUUGGCUGGGAAGAGGCAUGGCUCGUGGGAGACGUAUGCUGGUUUCUAUGCCGCCGUUGAGAGAGCUGACGCUGAGGCAUGGCAAGAAUAG